UCCUCUACAAUCCUUAAUAAUGGCAUAUAGGUCACUUACACCUGCAAAUAACAUGUUCCUCAAAAGAAAGUGGGACCAAGUUCGAUAUGAGACCCACAGAGAUAAGAUUAUGAAUGCAAAGUCAGUCAUUGAUAAUAGAAUGCCAGCAAUGUAUCUCAAUGCUCCGUCGAAUUUAAAGAAACUUCAAAUGGAGGCAGAGAGGCAGGCAAGAAUAGACAGAGAGAAUAGGAUUUUACUGGGCAAGAUCACUAACAUAAUAAACAAGAGAAAUGAAGAAAUGUUAAAGUUCUGUAGAUCAUACAGACCCAAAAGCCUUAACAGGAAUCAGAGAGAGUUGAACCUGCUUAGAAUAGCGUAUGAGAAUCAAAUCAUAGCUAAGCGUAUAAGAGAGAAACAGUCGCAUUACAGCAGGGAGGAGUGGCUGAAGCAAUGGUGUACCAAUAGACAGUACAUGGCCAAUGUAUCCAAGUAUCCAAGAGCAUCUAUUAGUUCUUUGGAUUAUGAGAAAGAUGAAAAGAGUGAUAAAAUUAAGAAGAGGACAAGCACCUCAUCAAAAGAAUCAUCAUAAUGACUCUCUGAUAGUUUCAAUCAAAGCUAUAAUUCUAUUUGAAAUUAAUGAAUUAAUUAUUAUUCAUGUUGUUGUUGAUGUGUCAUGAGGUCUCCAGGGCUACUGAAAGCCAAUUCAUAAAAAGCUCCUACACAA